CUGCGGGAAACUACAACUCCCAUGAAGCACUGCGUCCACGCAAGCGUGUCAGCUCGCGCCUGUAUGCUCGGUCCCAUUGGCGGGCUGACAGAGCCGGGAGUCCUGAUUGGCCCAUGGCCUGAGGCGACAGAUUCCGGAAAGGGGAAGAGCAGCCAAUAUGGCGGCGGAGCGCAGCGCGGGGCAGCAACAGUCGCAGGAGAUGAUGGAGGUUGACAGGCGGGUUGAAUCUGAAGAAUCAGGCGAUGAGGAAGGGAAGAAGCAUGUCGGUGGCAUCGUGACAGACCUCAGCGAGCAGAGCCUGAAGGACGGAGUAGAACGGGGGGCGGAGGACCCAGAAGAGGAACAUGAGCUGGCAGUGGAUAUGGAAACCAUCAGCCUGGACCGAGAUGCAGAGGAUGUUGAUCUGAAUCACUAUCGCAUUGGAAAGAUUGAAGGCUUUGAGGUGCUGAAGAAAGUGAAGUCACUGUGCCUCCGUCAAAACUUAAUUAAAUGCAUUGAGAACCUGGAGGAACUGCAGAGUCUUCGAGAACUGGAUCUCUAUGAUAAUCAGAUCAAGAAGAUUGAGAAUCUGGAGGCGCUGACAGAAUUGGAGAUUCUGGAUAUUUCUUUUAAUCUGCUGAGGAACAUUGAAGGGAUUGACAAACUGACGCAGCUGAAAAAACUCUUCUUGGUCAACAAUAAGAUCAAUAAAAUUGAGAACAUAAGUACCCUACAUCAACUGCAGAUGCUGGAGCUGGGCUCAAACCGCAUCCGGGCAAUUGAAAAUAUCGACACAUUAACCAACCUGGAGAGUUUGUUUCUGGGGAAAAACAAAAUUACAAAACUUCAGAACCUGGAUGCACUUACGAACCUAACAGUCCUCAGUAUGCAGAGCAACCGGCUAACGAAGAUUGAGGGUCUGCAGAGCUUGGUGAACCUGCGUGAACUAUACCUCAGCCAUAAUGGUAUCGAGGUUAUCGAGGGCCUGGAGAACAACAACAAACUCACCAUGUUGGACAUUGCAUCAAAUAGGAUAAAAAAGAUUGAAAAUAUCAGCCAUCUAACAGAACUGCAAGAAUUCUGGAUGAAUGACAAUCUCCUGGAGAGCUGGAGUGACCUUGAUGAGCUGAAGGGUGCCAGGAACCUGGAGACCGUGUACCUGGAACGCAACCCCCUGCAGAAGGACCCACAGUACCGGCGGAAGGUCAUGCUGGCCCUACCCUCCGUACGGCAGAUCGACGCCACGUUCGUCAGGUUCUGAGUCCUCUUGCUCCUCACCUGGUCCCUCUCCUCGAAAGAACUUCCCGGCCACGGUUUUUUAAUCUACCUAUUGCUCCUGAAGUCGUCACUAUACCAACAGUCACAACCCAAUGGCAAUAAUAAGGCACUGGUGGUAGCUGGCCUGUGAUGCCACACACCAUUUGGAGAUGCCAACACUAUUAAAUCUUGCCACGCGGUCUUCCUGGUGAA